AUGGGAGAGCCGCUAGUCGCCGAGCCGACAACUGAUCAAACUCCACUGAGUACGAAUUCAGUGGAAUAUCAGAGUGCCGAUUCUCACCGAGCUUCAGAGUCUUUCGGCGUCGAGAAUAUCUAUCGCGCUCUGAUUUUAUUCUGCGAUAAGUAUUCGUUGGAUAAGAAACAAGUCGCUCUCGGUCUCUUCCUGUCAUUCCUUCUGAUAAUCUUCUCAAUCGGGACUGUUGUCGCCUGGAAUCGGUAUUCACCAAUUAUCCAGGAAUUCAUUAUCAAGGAGAAGAUAGAGAAAGCUAGAAGCAAAAACAGCGAGAAAACCAAAAGAAGAAUGAACCGAUUCAAGAAGUUCCUCAACAAACAGCGCAUCAAGAACCACUUCAACAACAGUGGUGAGGGAGUUCGUCUCUCUUCUGGACAACCUUCUUCUUCUCAACCGACCGCUGUAUCUGGCGCAGCUCAGGGCGGUCAAAUCGACAGAGUUGCUGCUGCUGAUAUCGCUGCUCAAGCUGCACUCAAACGUAUGCAGAAGAAUGAGCCUCAACAAGAUGCCAGCAAGCGGAGAAUUCAAAUGAUCGCGAAGAGAGAGUUGGAAGAGGAGAGACGUCAACUGGAGGGGUUGCAGAUUUCCGAUCAAGCGAAUUCUUCGACUUCUUCUCAACCAGCCGAAGUAGAAGAAAAAGAAUUCGAGCACUCUUCGUUGAUAUCUGGAGUAUAUUAUACUUCGGAACUUCUCGGGGAGGAUCAUGUGCGAUCCAAGGCUGAUCUCCUUGAGGACAUCAAGAAUUUCCUUACCGAACAAAUCAGUGACUCUGAAGAUGACAAUGACAAAGUUAUCGCUGCAGUCUUGAUGAUUUACUCGUUGAAUACGACUGCUGUCAAAGAGCUCGCCAUCGACACAAUCUACACCGUUGUUAACAACAUUCUCAGCCAGCCAACUAUUCCGAAAUUCCGAACGAUUCGUCUCUCCAACAAAACAUACAAUGAAAAAAUCGCUGCAGCAGUUGGAGGACGCAAAUUUAUGGAAGCGAUUGGAUUCGUCGAGAAGAGCAACGGAGAGGAGCAAUGUCUCAUUUUCUCGAAACCGAAUGACGAUCAUCUUCCAGAAGCACUUGAUGCAUUGAGAAAUGGACAAGGUGUUCCGAUAAAAGUGGCACGAAACUUGGAACUGUUCAUGUUGAAGGAGGGACAAAAGCCAAAGGCGCCGGCAUUGAGUGCUGACUUCUACAAUUUGUCUGCUGCUGAGAUCAAGGCAGAACAAAAGAAUAAGACGUUGCAAGUGGAUAGAAUGCUGACUCUUCGUACCAAGGACAUGAAGAAGAAGGAUGAGACAGUGAGCAACUAUCGCUACAAAUACACGCUGAUUCGUAUCAGAUUGCCCGGAAAUCUCUUGAUGCAGGGAGUAUUCGGCUGCUAUGAGCCGUUCUCCGCUGUCCGCCAAUUCGUUGCUUCCGUUCUCUCCGACUCGCUCGCUGUCUCCGAAUUUACUCUUCGUGACGCCACCGGCCAAUCUGUGGAGGAUGAAACCACCAAUUUGGCUCAACUCAGUCUCGCACCGGCCGCUCUUCUACAUCUUACCUUCUCUGAUAACAUUACUGGACCCGAAGGAAUCGUUGCUGAUGAAUAUGUGGAGCUGAUUCGUGAACUCGACUAA